AUGCUUGGGCUUCAUGUAAUUCUCCUACUGGUGCUCCGGCUUCGACCGAAUCUUGCCGCGGAAUACACUGGCGCCUGCGUCCAAAUGCCGUCAGUUCAAGGCCGAUGCUAUAAGAAACUGUUUACCAAUGAGCUUCCGCUGCGCGAACGUUUGGAAAAGUGCCCGCACGGGCGUUUGGCGCUGCACGAUCGUGGCGAUGUCAUCACCGCCGUCAGCGCCGCCAUAGGAAUCCCAAUGGAUUGUGAAAAUCCUAGCGACGCAACAAGUGCUGACGCGGGGACGCACUACCUAAACGUUGGACUGCGCGACGACGCGAUGGAAUGGUCGAACGGCGAUCCCCUGUUCUACGACUUUCUCGAGGAUGCCAAUCGAGAAGCCGCCCAGGGAUAUCACUUUCAGCUGACCGGCGAGGAGACGUGUCUUGUUUAUCGUCAGCGCAAGAAAGGCUGCCUAGGAGACACUGAUACGUGGCAUUUCCGGGCCCGGUGCCCGGUGGAGGAUGUGCAUAUCAGCGUCCUGUGCUCCGGAAUCAGCGCCUGGUCCUUCUCGGACACGGUGCACCUCGACGUGCGCGUGUUUCAGCCCAAUCUACGCUUCGCCUGCUUUAUUAGCUGGAUAGCCGGCCUGUUGAUGCUCACCGUGGUCAUCUACCUGUACAUCAAUGUGCACUACGAGCUGCUCGGGCGCUUCUACGCAAUUUCGUCAACGAUUGUCGAGUUGAGCCGUGCCGUCGACGCCGCGGCCAUUCCGGAGCCGCAGCUGGACGGCAUGGUCAAGCAGAUCAAGAGCGUCACGCUGGAGGGAGUGUGGGCCGAGCGUGAAGCCGUGAAUUUUGCUAUGGAUGAGCAUUUCACCGGGUCGCCCCUCUGCGAGGUGCCGCUCGAUCAGCGCAUCGGCUGGAGGCUGGGCAAGGCGGCCAAGGUGCAGCUCGCCGAUGAGAAAAUCGAUGCGGACCUCGCGUUCACUGACAAGAAAGCGGCGUGCAAGUACGGGCUUCUGUCGCUGGACGGCGUCGAAGACAUCCACUAUGCCGUACAGAAAGCCGGUCUCGCCGAAAAAUGUCAGGACGACACGGUGAAGCCGCCGCCCCCAGCCAAUAUGACCAGCACGCUGCUCUACCUUGGCAUCAAAAAGGACGAAUACCGGUGGGCUGACGGGCGCCCGAUCACGUACAACAUGACCGGGAUGGAGUCGAGGCUGGCCGGGGAUUGUGCCUACUACAGCUGCCAGCCGGGUUGCGUGGAGCCGCAAUGUGACUACUGGCACUACCAGCUGGCAUGUGACGACAGGACGGUGGUAUUGUGCGCGGGCAAAAAUCUGACGCGCUGGGAGCCGAGACCGGUGAUCCUUGAGCCGAUAAUCUUCCGCUCGUUCCUCGGCAUUGCUCUGCUGCUCCUUUUUGUUUUCAUGCUGUUCUCGCUGCUCCUCUCGAUCCACAUCUACCAGCGCGUCAAGCACGACCAGCUCGAGCCCUACUACGCAAUUACAUCAAAUAUUGUCCGCCUGAGCCAAACGCUGGACCGCGUCGGCUUCCAGGACAAGGACAUGGUGCCAAUGUUUAAGGAGAUUAAUGUCGCGCUCGCCACCGUCAAAUCGGAGCGCGAGUUUGUCAACCGGAUGCAGGAUUACGAUUUCGACGCGUCCCCGCUCGUCGGACUGCCGCUGGACGAGAAGGUGCCGUGGAGGCUGCGGAAGACCGAAUCUGGAAUGGGCGUCGUUGGAGAAGCAGCGACACGUCGCAGCAACUCGAUGCGCGAACGGCUGCGCGAGCUCAAGGAGCAGCUCAUCUCCUCGGAGGCCCCCGAACCCAGUCUGCGCAUCGAUUCGAGCAUGGAGCCGCUGAAACGCCAACGCACCGAAGAGGUCAACCAGAAGACGCAUGAGACCGAGGUGGAAGGAGGCAAUGAGACCCCGUCGAAGCGCGCCCGGAAGCAGAAGAAGGCUAUUGUUGCCGUUGCCGCCCCCGCCCCCGUCGCGCCCGUCGCUCUGCCCUCGCCGAAAAAGUCGCCCGCCUCGAAAGCGGCCCCAGCCCCAGCCCAGCCGGCUGCUGCUGUCAAAGAUGAGAAGUCGCGCGAGAGCAAGCUGAAGGACAAGACGGGCGACUCGUUCGACAAGAUUGCCGGCACGACCGGCGCCGACGAGAGCCGCACCCACGACCCACAGUCACGCACCAGCGACGACGGCGGACUGGGUAAGGGCGCCCCCAAGACCCGAACGCCCGCCUCGUUCGGCAAGUCUCCGAAGAAAUCGCGUGAGCCCCUGCUGCGCAGCAAGGAGUCGCGCACACAGGAGACGCUCGUACGCACGAGGCCGACAGCUCCCUCGGCGACGGUGCCGAUCAGCAUGACGCAGCGAUCGGGCAAAAGCAGAGAAUCGGCGGCGACCCAGGGCUCGAAGGAGAACGUGCGCCAACGCCGCUCAGCCCGCUCGGCCCGCAGCGGAGGCCAC